AUUUUCGUUUCCAAGGACAACUUUGAAUAGAUUGAUUUGCCAAAAUAGUAUUAAAUUGUUCAAUUAGUUGAUUAUAAAUGGUAAAACAUCAUUUAAAGUUAUGUCUCAGAAUCGAUAUGCCUUAUUGUUAAGGCCCGAUGCCUAUGUAGAUGAGCUAGGAGAAGGAUCACAAGAAUAUGCUGCCUUUCUCAGGGACAAAGAAAGAAAAUGCGGAGCAUCUGGUUUCGUUGAUUCGAAAAGUGCUCAGCAGAGUUACCAACUAAGAAAGAAAAGUAAAACAGCUGAACCUGCAAAGAGCAAAACUAGAGAGAAAGAGCCGAAAGAGCCGAGAUCUGCAUCUGUUAUCGAUGUUAGAAAUCAAUUCCUAAAGGACCAAAAGCAAUUCGAUAAACAAAUAAAAGUGAUCGAGGAUCAUAUGUGGCAGCAUAAGCAAGAAGAAAGAGAAUUAAAGAGAUCGGAAGGAGAUAUAAUAAAAAACCAGAGACAAGUUCGCAAAAGUUUAAGGGAUUUUGAAAUGGCAAUCAAUCGAAAGAAGCUUUCAGAGGAGAAGAAACUCAAUCAAGGGCUGGAAAAGUACACAAAAUUUCAGAGAGAAUACGUACAUCAAAAGGAGAAUACAAAUCGUCAGAGAAUUCAACAAACAAUCAAUAUGGACCAGCAAAAGAACGCUUGUCAGAGGAAAAUGCUAAACACUUCAACUAAUUUGGCUAGACAAUAUAGAACAAAACUAGAGGAAUUAGAGGCUAAAAGGAUGCAAAUUGAACAUAUCAAUGAACAAUAUACAGACAAAUUAAGGCAAUCGGAGGAAGAGCAGAAUAGAUUAAAAAGAGAAUUGGGUGAAUUGGCAAUUUCUCUAAAUAUGGAAGCUCAGAAAGGGAAAACUAAAGUCCUUGAAUACAAAUAUGAGACCGUUAAAGAGAAAACGAAACGUCUAAAUGACGACAAAGUUCGUAAUGAAGAAAUUGAGAACAAAUUAGGCAAAAGCGAUGUCGACAGUAAAGCAGCCGAACGUAGUAAGAGAAAACUCAGUGCUGAACUUAGCCUGACAAGAGCACAUUUGCAAUUGAAACAACGCGAGGAGGGACGCCAUAAGCAAGACACUGAAACGCGUUUAAAGAAUAACGCUACUGAGCAAAAACAACUUAGUGAAAUGGCUGCUAACGUUGAACUUGAAAUGAAAUCUAGGCAAAUUGAUAAGAAAAUCAUUGACAUAAAUAAUAGAAAAAAGGAAAAAUUGGAAAAGGAUCUGACGGAGAAAAAGGAAAAAUCUCAGAAUCACGAAGAAAUUUUCAAUAGCAAGUUUCAAAAAAGAAACGCCGAUCAUCGUGUUAAAAUUCACGAGGAUCAUCUUAAGCAUUUUCAGAAAUCUGUGAAUAAGGGAGAGGAAAUUGAGCAGGAACUUUAUCAAAGGGUCAGAGACGCUGAAUACAAGAGACAAAAGCAAGAUCAAGAAGUGAAGAAACUUCAAACGACAAUGGCCGAUAUCAAGAAAAAGAAUGCUUUGCGUCUGCAAAGAGCAAUGGCGGAAAAUGAAAGGGAAGAGAGGGAACUGGAACAAAAAUUAAUAAGAGAGCAAGCCUUGUUGAAUAAACUGCACACUGAUAGGGAAGCUAAUUACGGUAUCUUGAUAAGCCAUAGAGACAGGCUUAGAGAAGAAAAGUACCUGCUAGAAGAACACGACAGAGAGCAUAAUAGACUGCUUCGGAUUUCUUUGAGAACCGACGCUCUGCAGACGGAAUAGCUAAAUUUAUAUAUAUAUAUAUAUAUAUAUA